AUGAGGAGGCGUCAGCUACAUGUUGUCUUUGUCAUAAUCAGCUCUCUGGCUCAGCUUUACAAAACCAUAAACGUGGUACUGUAUGCAGGGACAGUGCUGAGCUACACCGCUGAAGAUACCAAAGCUGAAGAAACGGGCUCCUUCCUCUCCAGGGACUUAGGUGUUCAUAAUGACAAUCAAGAAUGUAAACUUGUGUCUAACUCUGAUUUCCCACACAUUUCAUAUUUCAAUUUCCUGAAAUAUUUCUUACCUACCUACAGACAGAAAAUACCUAUACAUUUUCCAAGAUGUAGCCAGAAGCUGAUCUGUUGCCUCCUCUAA